AUGCCUCUCCUGGAAGACACCAUCGGGGUGGAGGACCUCAUCCUCCUGGAACCCCUGGAUGAGGAGUCUCUGAUCAAGAACCUCCAACUUCGUUAUGAAAAGAAAGAGAUUUAUACGUACAUUGGGAACGUGGUGAUCUCCAUGAAUCCCUACCAGCAGCUUCCCAUCUAUGGCCCAGAGUUCAUUGACAAAUACCGGGAUUAUACUUUCUAUGAGCUGAAGCCCCACAUCUAUGCUUUGGCAAAUGUGGCCUACCAGUCACUGAGGGAUCGGGACCGGGACCAGUGUAUCCUCAUCACGGGCGAGAGUGGAGCUGGCAAGACUGAGGCGAGUAAGCUAGUGAUGUCCUACGUGGCUGCUGUCUGCGGGAAAGGAGAGCAGGUGAACUCUGUGAAGGAGCAGCUGCUUCAGUCAAACCCAGUGUUGGAAGCUUUUGGCAAUGCCAAGACCAUCCGCAAUGACAACUCCUCUCGAUUUGGAAAGUACAUGGACAUCGAGUUUGACUUCAGAGGGUCCCCCCUGGGAGGCGUCAUCACCAACUAUCUGCUUGAGAAGUCCCGAGUGGUGAAGCAACUCAAGGGGGAGAGGAACUUCCAUAUCUUCUAUCAGCUGCUGGCUGGAGCAGACUCGGAGCUGCUGCAGGCCCUAAAGCUCGAGGACAGCACACGAGUAUACGCCUACCUGAAUGGGGAGGUGCCCGAGGUGGAUGGCAUGGACGAUGCCUCCAACUUCAGGGCCGUGCAGCACGCGAUGUCAGUGAUUGGGUUCUCAGAGGAGGAAAUUAGACAAGUGCUGGAGGUGACAGCCCUGGUGCUGAAGCUGGGCAACGUGAGGCUGACGGACGAGUUCCAGGCCAAUGGGACUGCAGCCAGCGGCAUCUGUGAUGGGAAAGGUAUUCAGGAGAUUGGGGAGUUGGUGGGCUUGAACUCCGGGGAACUGGAGAGAGCUCUGUGCACAAGAACCAUGGAGACAGGCAAAGAGAAGGUGGUCACGGGUUUGAAUGUCAUUCAGGCUCAAUAUGCUCGGGAUGCCCUGGCCAAGAAUAUUUACAGCCGCCUCUUCGACUGGAUAGUGAACCGCAUCAACGAGAGCAUCAAGGUGGGCACCGUGGAGAAGAGGAAGGUUAUGGGGGUCCUGGAUAUCUACGGCUUUGAGAUAUUGGAGGAUAACAGCUUUGAGCAGUUCGUGAUCAACUACUGCAAUGAGAAGCUACAGCAGGUGUUCAUAGAGCUGACCUUGAAGGAAGAGCAGGAGGAGUACAAGAGAGAGGGCAUACCGUGGACAAAGGUGGAGUACUUUGACAACGGCAUCAUCUGUAACCUCAUUGAGCAUAGUCAGCGAGGCAUCCUGGCCAUGCUGGAUGAGGAGUGCCUGAGACCCGGCGUGGUCAGCGACUCCACUUUCCUAGCAAAGCUGAACCAGCUCUUCUCCAAGCACAGUCACUACGAGAGUAAAGUCUCCCAGAAUGCCCAGCGCCAGUACGACCGCACCAUGGGCCUCAACUGCUUCCGCAUCUGCCACUAUGCGGGCAAGGUGACUUACAACGUGACCGGCUUCAUUGACAAGAACAACGACCUGCUCUUCCGAGACCUAUCCCAGACAAUGUGGAAGGCCCGGCAUCCCCUCCUUCAGUCCUUGUUCCCAGAGGGGAAUCCCAAGGAAGCAUCUCUCAAACGACCCCCGACUGCCGGCACCCAGUUUAAGAAUUCGGUGGCCAUACUCAUGAAGAACCUGUAUUCCAAGAACCCCAACUACAUCAGGUGCAUAAAGCCCAAUGACAAACAACAGCAAGGCAGGUUCACCUCAGAGCUGGUUAUGGUCCAGGCUCGAUACCUGGGGCUGCUGGAGAACGUUCGGGUGCGCAGGGCUGGCUAUGCCUUCCGCCAGGCCUAUAAGCCUUUCCUGGAAAGGUACCGAUUGCUGAGCCGGAGCACCUGGCCUCGCUGGAAUGGGGACGAUCGGGAAGGUGUGGAGAAGGUCCUCGGGUCUCUGACUUUGUCAUCAGAGGAGCUGGCCUAUGGGAAGACAAAGAUCUUCAUCAGAAGCCCCAAGACUCUUUUCUACCUGGAAGAACAGCGGCGCCUGAGGCUUCAGCAGCUGGCCACCCUCAUUCAGAAGGUUUACCGGGGCUGGCGCUGUCGGACCCACUACCAGCAGAUGCGGAAGAGUCAGAUCCUCAUCUCGGCUUGGUUUCGGGGUAACAAGCAAAAGAAGCACUAUGGGAAGAUCCGGUCGUCGGUGCUGCUGAUCCAGGCAUUCGUGAGGGGGUGGAAGGCCCGCAAGAACUACCGAAAAUACUUCCGGUCAGGCGCUGCCCUCACCUUGGCAAAUUUUAUCUACCAGAGCAUGAUACAGAAAUUCCUCUUGAAUCUGAAGAAGAACUUGCCAUCCACCAAAGUGUUGGACAACACAUGGCCAGCCGCCCCUUACAGGUGCUUCAACAGAGCCAAUCAGGAGCUGCAGCGCCUCUUCUACCAGUGGAAGUGUAAGAAGUUCCGAGACCAGCUGUCCCCGAAGCAGGUGCAGACACUGAGGGAAAAGCUCUGUGCCAGCGAACUGCUCAAGGGCAAGAAGGCGUCCUACCCCCAGAGUGUGCCUAUCCCGUUCCGUGGUGACUACGUCGGGCUGCAAGGGAACCCCAAGCUGCAGAGACUGAAGGGCAAGGAGGACGGGCCUGUCCUGGUGGCAGACACCGUGAAGAAGGUCAACCGUGGCAACGGCAAGACAUCGGUACGGAUUCUCCUCCUGACCAAGAAGCAUGUGAUUCUCACAGAUGCCAAGAAGUCCCAGGCCCAGAUUGUCAUAGGACUGGAGGAUGUGACUGGGGUGUCAGUCACCAGCCUCCAGGACGGCCUCUUUAGCUUGCAUCUGAGUGAGAUGUCAUCAGCAGCCUCCAAGGGGGACAUCCUGCUAGUCAGUGACCAUGUGGUUGAACUGCUGACAAAAAUGUACCAAGCGGUGCUGGAUGCCACACAGAGGCAGCUUUCUGUCACUGUGACUGAGAAGUUCUCUGUGAGGUUCAAGGAGGGCAGCGUGGCUGUCAGGGUCGUCCAGGGCCCCGCGGGGAGUGGGAACAAAAAAUUGACUUGCAAGAAGAAGGGGAGUAAUUCCAUGGAGGUGACUGUGCGGUGAGGAGGUCGUGGCCUCUCCUCUGGAGCAGAACUCUGUGCCUAGCUCUUCUGACCGUGAGGUGGGCUUAGAGAUGAAGAACCCUUGAAGAUGGCCCCGCCGUCCCCUGGACCUUUCUAGAAUCCUUACCCAAAUGCAGCUUCCUCCUAGCGGCAGCCCGGCUGACGGGUAAUAAAACGAGUGGUU